AUGCAUGAGACAUAUGUCUCGCCUGAAGGCCCUAUCAUUCGAGUCAACCCGAAUGAGAUUCACAUCGCGGAUCCCAGUUUUUACCCUCAAAUCUACACCAGUGGCACUUGCAAGGUCAACAAGGAUCCUUCAACUGUGGCAGGCUUCUCCGUUCCAAACUCUGUGGCAGCGACGGUUGACCAUUUCCACCACCGCCCUCGACGGGGCUACAUGAACCCUUACUUUUCCAAAAGAGCCAUCGUUGCUCUUGAGCCCGAGAUCCAUGAGCGUAUUUUCGCUUUGACUGGCAGGUUCCCGCGCGCAGCGGUGGAAGGUGGUCACUUGUCUCUUGACAGGUGUAUUUCCGCCAUGACAGCUGAUAUUAUCCUGAAGCUGUUCUUUGGCCAACACUAUGACUACAUCAACGAGCCCAAUUUUGAGUUCCCCAUUCGUGACGGGUUUUUUGGAGCUUCCUUGAUCUUCCAUCUGUCUCGUUUCGCCCCGCGACUCAUUCAAACUCUGAGGAAACUACCCAUCCCUGUCAUCAGCUCGGAAAAGAAAGACACUUCCACGGCCAAGUCUGCCAUCCUUGAAUCUCUGGCUAACGAGCGAAUCCCCGCACAGGAGAGAAGUAUGAAGCGUCUGGUUGACGAAGGUCUUGUCAUUACCAUUGCCGGUACAGAAACAUUCGCCAGAGCUCUUUCCGUCGGACUGUUCUAUCUUAUCCAAAAUGAGACUCUCAUCACCAAAUUGCGCGCGGAAGUCGCUGCAGCUGUCCCCCCCGGGCCAAUCUCCAGAUACUUGGACUCUGGAGCAGCUAGAGCGCCUGCCAUUUCUCACUGGCUGUGUUAA